AUGAGCACAGAAACUGCUCCCCCAUCCUACGAGUCCGUCGUGCAGGGCCUGAUUACGAAAACAGAUGGCAAACAAUUAACUGCUGACCAGCUUAAUGCCUAUGCGGCAUCACUGACUCCGGCUGAAAAGUCGAGCAUUGCAAAUGCGCCCCUUCCGGAUCCAAAAAACCUUACUCCGGAAGAAGUUGCCAAAUUUCACGAGAAGGUCCAGAAGGACUUGACUGAUCCUGCAGCCCUUGAGACCUUCAAGGCUGCAGCGCGGGACGCCGUGAAAGCAUAUAAAGAACUUGAUCAGAAGUUUGCGUCAAUUUACACUCAACUUGCCAAGAUCGAUAGCGACAACAACUUGACCAGUACUGACCAGUUCCUUCCGAAAUUCGAAGAUAUUCAGAACUCAUGGCGUAAAGUGCUCAAGGACAGUCGCACCUUGGCUGCAGAUGUUUCAGUAUAUGCAAAGGGCUUCGAUGAUACCAUUCUUCCGGUCGUUGCCGACCCGACCCUGGAUGUCAAAACAAAGCUGGCCGUCCUGGAUGCUGCCAAGGAGAACACAGAAGGUUAUCAUGGCAGGGCGGAUGACAUCAAGACCCGUCUGGAGAAAGUUGUUGAUGAUUUUCUGAAAUUCACCGGCGAAUUUGGUAAGUGGGGCCAAAAGACUGAGGGGGAUAUCAACAACCAGAUCAAGACCGCCCAGAAACAACAGCAAGACCUCUUGGACCACCUGAGCAGUCUCCAGGGUCGAUUGAUCGGCUUUGGUAUCGGUGCUGGCAUUGGCGUUGCCCUGAUCAUUGGCGGCUUCUUCGCCGGACCUUUGGCGCCUGUUUUCUGGGUUGCUGGCGGCUUAAUCACUGCUGCUUUUGGCAUUGGUUUGAUUGCCACCGGAAUCGACUAUUCCAACACCAAAGACGCUUUGGACGCGAAGAAAAAGGAGAUUGACAGCUUGAAUGCAAAGGUCACCUCCAUCCAAUCAGCCCGUACGACUCUCCAGGCUACCCUCACCGACGACGUUGCAUACAUGAAAGACCACAUGAACGCAAUUACAGGUGUUUGGGGUUAUUUAAUGGAUGAUACUGAAAAAAUUAAAAAAUGGAUUGAGGCGGGAGCGUCACUUGAAAAGAGCGAUUCACUCCCUCCUGCCCUGAAAAUUAGUCUUGUUGGCAAUAAAUUGUCUCCCGCUGUCGCUUUGUAUACCAAGAUCGGCGAAUACCUUUCCGAAUAUUCCAGUGGCAUGAUUGCCGCUAAUAUUCCCGAACCAAAGAAAUAA